GAGAAAUUGAUUGGCGGAGGCUACUCUUCUCUUCUCUUCUCUCAAACAAUGACACCGUUCCUUGAGUUAAGCUGUUGCGCAACUUGGGUUUUAUUCUUACCAUUCGUUUUCUGCAAAAGUUUUGAUUUUUCAGAGUCAUUCAAGAGAUUGAAAGAAAAUAAUGGAAGAUUGUGAAAGUAGUGAAAUUGGGAACCCUAAUUGGGAAAUUGCAUUAAGAAAGUGUGAGAAUGUUUUAGCUUCAGGAACCAAAUCUAUGAAAAUUAAAGCUAUGGUUAAUCUAGCUAAAUACUCUAAACAAGCCCCUGAACAUGUAUUAUCUAGCUUCAUACCAAUUCUCAAUGAGAUUCUUGGUUAUAAGGACAUUGGAAGGGAUUCGGUUCCGGAUUUACUUCAAGAGGCUGCUGCUUAUUGCUUGAAGUGCAUUGCUUGUAGAGGUGAUGGUAGUUUGGCUAUUGAAAUGGGUCGACAUUGUGUUCCACUUACUCUGAUAAGGUUGUUGCUUUGUUCCGAGGGAAUGAUGCAGAAAUCUCUGACAAAAUGUUUAAUGGUUGUUGUUAGUUUUUGUAGUACAAGUAGGGCAGUUGUUGGAGCUAAUGAGGGUUUAUUAAUUAUAAUCACUUUGUUGAUUACUGGUGGCAAUGAUGUUAGAUUGUAUUUGUUAGAGAUUUUGAGUGCAUUGACGCUUCUGAGGGAAGUUAGGAAGGAACUUACUAGAAUAGGAGCUCUUGGUUUUCUUGUGGAAGCUGCUAGUGUUGGCAGCAUGAUUUCUAGGGAAAGGGCAUGUCAAUCAAUUGGAUUGAUUGGAGUUACGAAACAAACUAGGCGUACACUUGUUGAAUUGGGAGUCAUACCCGUGCUUGUGGAGUUGUUUCGCGUAGGAGAUAAAACUAUGAAACUUGUUGCCGGUAAUAGUCUUGGUGUGGUAGCUCGUCUUGAUUACAUUAAACUAGUUGCUCAAGCCGGGGCUAUACCUCUUUAUGCCGAGCUUCUUAAAGGACCCGAUGUUUCUGGUAAGGAGAUAGCUAAGAAUAUGUUUUGUAUAUUGGCUCUUGAAGAGGCGAAUGCCGUUGAAAUUGUUGGUCACUUGGUUAGAAUUCUUAGAGAAGAUGAUGAUGAAGCUAAAACAACAGCUGCUGAUGUGAUUUGGGAUCUGUCUGCAAACAGCAACACAAUUUCUGUGAUUCAUGAUUCAGGUGUCACUAUCCUUGUCGAGCUUCUGCUCCAUGGGAGUGAGGAAGCAAAGCUACAUGUUUCUGGGGUAUUUUCUCAGCUGAGCUAUAGUGAAAGCGGUAGAAUGGCCCUUGCUGAUGCUGGUGCAAUUCCAAUUCUCAUUGACUUGCUACAUGAUGAGACUGAGGAACUAAGUGAUAAUGUUGUCGAGUUUCUUUCUAAUUUUCAUGAAGAUCCAUUACACCGUGAUGGAUUAUCUGAUCUUGUUAAUAGUCCUUCGUUUAGAAAUAUGCAGAAUAGACUAUUUAGUAAUCGUACAACGGAUGGGUAUAUGCGUGGGCAUCUGCCUAGAGCUUUACAUUCAAUGAGUGUUGAGGAAUUCAUCUUGAACCGGGAUCAGGUUUAAUCGUCUUACAGGUAUAUAUGUUUUGAUAUCAAUGGUAUUGCAAAAUUUCAAUUCACCAUCCAGCAAAGUGAAAAGAGUUCAUAUAGUCAACCAUUCAAGUAUGCACCUCUGUUCUGUUCCUGUUAUUUAUGCUAAAUUUAAUAUAUCUUGUAUAAAUUUGGAAAGCUGUGCAAUAAGAAUUUAGAGGCUAGCCAUUAAUCUUUUCAGGUAGCAAUGUUGAUAUAUCUAACCACCAUAUAGGACAAGAUAGAUAUUUGAAAGUUUGAUUCCUGGCAGAACAAUUUUUUAUGAGAUUUUACUUACUUUUCAGUCAAAUUCUAAUAGAAACCGAAGGAUUAAUAGAAAAUAAAAAUAAAUUUGGAUUGGGCAAA